AUGACCUCUCCAAUGAUUCAAAAAGAUAUUGUGAUUGCAUGUAAGAUAGAGACCAUUAAAGCUAUCAUUGAGGAAUUAAAUGGUGACUACUUUACCUUAUUAGUUGAUGAAUCUUUGGAUGUGUCACGUAAGGAGCAAAUGGCUGUUGUUUUACGAUAUGUUGAUCGAAAGGGAUUUGUGAUGGAGCGAUUGAUUGAUAUUGUACAAGUUGAAGAUACUAGUGCUUUAUCUCUAAAGAGUGCAAUUGUCAAUUUACUUUCUCAACAUUCAUUGAGUCUAUCUUAUGUGCGUGGGCAAUGUUACGAUGGGGCAAGAAAUAUGCAAGAUGAAAGUGCUAAGGCAACAAGAUAUCUUGAAGCUUGUCAAACAUUUAAGAUUGCUUUUAUGUUGCAUUUGAUGAGAGAUAUCUUAGGAAUCACAGAUGAGCUUAAUAAAUCGUUACAAAAGAAAGAACGAGAUAUUGCAAAUGCUAUGCUACUCGUUGAAGUAGAAAAAUGA